AUGAUGCCUGCAUUUUUCGAGUCCCACAAUUGUCCUGUCUGCUUGUCCCCCAAUGAAACUGCCAGCCACCUGCUCUUUGACUGUCCAUCCAAAGAAAAGGUAUGGCAAGGCGUCAUUUUUGAGUUCCUAUGGCCCACCACGUCCAUCACUGACAUCAAAGAGGCUCUUCUGUCCCUGGACUUUUCAGAUAUCUGGUACUCCCAAGUCAAAGGCAUCCAUCCAUACAGAAUCCUACUCAUCACCCUGUCUCAAAUAUGGCUAGCCCAUAUGCGCUUUGUUUUUGACGGCACUAUCUUUGUCCCUGAGGCGAUUCUGGUACAUAUCCACUCCACUGUCCGACAGACAGUGGAUGAAGAUCAAAUCCAUUCCCUCUUGUAA